UUCAGAGCGAUCCUGAGGUCGGGAGAUGAGCACCCAGCUGGACCGCCUGUCGGUGACCUCGUCCUCCACCGGCUCCCUGGGCUCGGCGGCCGGGGCGGCGGCUGGCUCCGCUAGCGGCGGGCUCCGGCUGCUGUCGGGCAACGUGCGCAAGCUGCACCAUGCCCUCAACUUGCUACUGAACGAUGCAGAGCGGGAGCAGUUCACUCACUGCCUGAACGCUUACCACACGCGGAGGAACGUUUACGACCUGGUGCGGACCCUGCGCCUGCUUCUCGACAGCCCGGACAAGCGGCAGCUGCUGCCCAUGCUGCGCCUGGUCAUCCCGCGCUCCGACCAGCUGCUUUUCGACCAGUACACGUCCGAAGGGCCCUACCUCAAGUCCCACAUCGCAUCCGCCCCUGGGGGCGCCAACGGGGCCGGUGCGGGGCUGCUGGACGGUGCGGCCGCUGCCUCGCCUCCUCCCGCCGCCUACUGGCUCCCUCAGCCCCAGUCACUGUCCAGUCGACCGUCCCAAGUGGACUUCGGCCCGGGCCCCGAGGGGGCGCCUCUGGAGGAGCUGCGCGGGGAGGUCCGGUUAGUGAGUCUUAGGAGAAGUAAGACCAACGAAGGUCUCGGUUUCAGCAUCCGAGGGGGCUCAGAGCACGGCGUGGGAAUUUAUGUGUCCCUGGUGGAACCAGGCUCCCUAGCGGAGAAGGAAGGGCUAAGGGUGGGCGACCAGAUCCUGAGAGUAAAUGACAAGUCCUUGGGCCGAGUGACUCAUGCCGAGGCGGUCAAGGCACUGAAAGGGUCCAAGAAACUAAUCUUGUCUGUGCAUUCCGUGGGGCGCAUCCCUGGAGGUUAUGUCACCAACCACAUCUAUACUUGGGUGGAUCCUCACGGUCGAAGCAUCUCUCCCCCUGGAGGGCUUCCCCAGCACCAGAGCAGCAGCCUCCGGAGACAGGAUGGGGAGAGGAGGAGCAUCCUGCAGUUUCUUCCAGAAGGAGAUGAGAAAAAGGUGAACCUGGUACUCGGUGAAGGGAGGUCUCUGGGCCUCAUGAUAAGAGGAGGAGCGGAGUAUGCCUUGGGGAUUUAUAUCACUGGUGUGGAUCCAGGGUCAGAAGCAGAAAGCAGUGGUCUCAAGGUCGGAGACCAGAUCCUGGAAGUAAAUGGCAAGAGUUUCUUGAACAUUCCCCAUGAUGAAGCUGUCAAGAUACUGAAGUCAUCGAGGCAUCUCAUCAUGACAGUGAAGGAUGUGGGGAGGCUGCCCCAUGCUCGAACCACUGUGGAUGAGACCAAGUGGAUUGCCAGCUCCCGGAUUGGAGAGACAUUGGUGAACUCAGCAGGGCUACCUGGAGAUCUCACAGGAGAAGAUACAGCAAAGCUGGGAUUCUACAAGGGGCCAGCCAGGUCCCAGGUCACCCUGAGCAGCAUGGUCAAUCAGACCCGGGUCAUCUUGGAGGAGCAAGCCCGACACCUGCUGAAUGAGCAGGAGAGAGCAACCAUGGGCUACUACCUAGAUGAGUACAAAGAAAAUAACAUCCACGUGGAUGCUCUCAUCAUGGCUCUAUUUGAACUACUCAACACUCAAGCCAAGUUUUCCCUCCUUUCUGAGGUGAGGGGGCUGAUCUCCCCCCACGACCUCGAUCGCUUUGACAACAUGGUGCUGAAACGGGAGAUUGAGUCCAUGAAGGCCCGGCAGCCGUCCUGCACUGGCACCGACACUUACUCUGUGGUGUCUUACAGUGACACUGCCUCCUCCUCUGGUAGCCACGUCACUUCGACCACGGUCAGCUCUGCUCGAAAUACUCUGGACCUUGAAGAGACUGGAGAAGUAAUCCAGGGCAGUAUCAAUGCUCUGCCAGAUGUUUCCUUGGAUGAUGUUGGGUCUCUUUCGGAGGCACCACCUAGCUUCAAGCCUCCGCCACCUCCUCCUCCAAUUCAGUCUCUUGACCCCUCUGUUCCUCAACAGAGAAAGACUGGGAAAGAUCAUCUCAAACGCCCUUCUUCAGAGUCUUCUCAAUCGGGGCUUUUCUUCACAGCGCCCCGCAUCCUUAGUCCACCGGAGAGGGACAUACCCAGCACUCCAUCCACUGGAGCCACUUCAUCCACGGAGGGUUCUCUUGCCAGCCCCAUCUAUGCCACAAUUUCUCCAGCCAAUCAUAGCUCGAAGAGGCCGAUGGAUACACAUCUGUCAUUUGUCAACCAACACCCAAUAGGGCCCUUCCCCAGGGUCCAGUCUCCCACUCAUCUGAAAGGCAAGGCCCCCGAAGCGUCCCCGGGGAGCGGCCUCCCAAGUCCUCCCCUUCCCUCUCCUUCUGCCGUCCCCAUAUCCCUGGAUAAGACCAGCCCCAAGUCAGGAACAAAUCAUCACUUUGUCAUGGUGGAAGUACACCGGCCAAACAGCGAACCAGAUGUGAACGAAGUGAGGGCCCUGCCACAGACACGAGCUGUUCUCCCGCUAUCACCCCCAGCAGCCUCUACUCUUUCCCAGCUGUCAGACAGUGGGCAGACUCUCAGCGAAGACAGUGGCGUGGAUACCGGGGAGGCAGAGGCCAGUAGCAAGGACCGAGGACGACAGCAGGCAUCCACCAAGGGAAGAGGCAACAAGGACCUUCCCCGGAAUGAGGGAGCAGCAGAGGCAGCCUCCAAACCACCCGGCCUCUUGGAGCCCACCUCCUCUCUGAUCCGAGUGAUGAAGAGUGCGGCCACCUUGGGUAUCGCUAUUGAGGGUGGUGCUAAUACUCGACAGCCCCUGCCACGGAUAGUCACCAUCCAGAGAGGCGGCUCUGCCCACAACUGUGGGAAGCUGAAGGUGGGCCACGUGAUCUUGGAGGUGAACGGCAUGACGAUGCGGGGCAAGGAACACCGGGAGGCUGCCCGCAUCAUUGCCGAAGCUUUCAAGAUGAAGGAUCGGGACUAUGUGGACUUCCUGGUCACGGAAUUCAAUGUGAUGCUUUAGGGGAAGGACCUCCAGAGCCAAGGAUAAAAGGAGGACCCAAAGGAGAGUGCCCAGGAUCUGAGUAAUUAAAUCUAGGGAGGUUCUGAUGAGUUCUGUGUUAUGUCUCACACGUGUAAAACUGCACGUAGCUCCACGUCCAGCAGACGCUCCUUCCCAGAUCCUCUAGUGUCCCCCUCCUGGCACAUGCAGACCCCUCUCCCCAAGCUGGCGGACAGGCACUCACCUGGCUGUGGCAAGGUGGCCUGAGGUGCCUGUUCCAACCAGCCUGACCACCAGCCCAGAUUAGGGCCCACCUCUUACUCCCCUUGCCCUCAGGGAGGAUCCUGUCUGAGGUACAUGAUCAGCUGGCUACCGCCGGCCAGACAGACAGACAGACAGAUAGACAGACAGAUCUGCAUACCGCCUGGCCUCUCAGUCAGCCCCAGAAAAGCCCAGAGAGCAGGAAGGAAGAUAGGGACCCCCAAAAGGACCAAGAACAAGAAAGAAGCUCAAAGGGAAGGGAAGAAAGAAUUCCCAGGAAAGAACUGAAGAGGAGGUGGGAGAGAGCUUAGGCUUUUGUUUAUCCUUUCCCUGACUUGUUUAAGAUUGUCCCUAAUCCGACUCCACCUCUGUGUGAAGGAACAAUUCCUCUCUACCAUAUGCUCAGCUCCAGUGCCCUUUACUUUCACUUUGAACCCUUUUGAAUCUCUUCUGAGUUGGGUUAGAGGCUCUUCUCCCAGCUCCAGCCUCCUCCCCACCUUCCCCUCUUUGUGCCCCUUGAAGAGAAGAAUGUAUCCCAUCUGCCCCCAAGGAGCUUGGCUUCAUUCUAUAUCCCUUUCCCUUCCUCUAAGAAACCGCUAGCCAGAGCAGGGGUGAAGAGAUCGCUCCGGGACUUCAGCUACUGGGGGAGAGUCCCCAGGAAAUGCUCUACAGCAAUAUUAGUGCCACAGACUGGGUGGGCAGCAAGUGCCCUCCUGCCCUGGCUGUUGAUUCCACCCAGCUCACUUCUCUGCUCUAUUAUUUAUUAUUUAUUUUCUACCCUGUCAACCCUGGAUCCCAUGCUCCCCCCUUUUCAGCCCCUAUCCUGUCUGGUCACCCUGUGCACAGCCUAACAAUGGAUGCCUUGUAAAUGGCCAGCAAUGUCAGUGUAUUUAUAUAAAGAGCUUGUGACUUUAAUUUUUCAAUAAAUCUCACUGUUAGGAAAAAGUA